UGCGUGCUGUAGGGACUCCCAACCCUACCAGAGUCUUAAAUAUUCAUCAAAGGGACACCCAAGCAGUGGUGAUCACCGUCAUGACAAAAUGCGAGACUCUGCAGAUCCAUCUCCACCAAACAAGAUGCGAAGAUCAGACAGCCCUGAGAAAUAUGCUGACAGUGUUGGACAUGGGAAGGCCAAGAGUAUGCAUAUCCACAGGGUCCGAGAGAGGGAUGGAGGGACCAGUUUUUCUCCACAAGAAAAUUCCCAUAACCACAGUGCUCUUCAUAGCUCAAAUUCACAUUCUUCUACUCCAAGCAAGACAUCUGAUUCUGCUUAUGAUCCAGCAGAUGACUGGUCUGAGCAUAUCAGUUCCUCUGGCAAAAAAUACUAUUAUAACUGCAGAACAGAAGUGUCCCAGUGGGAGAAACCGAAAGAGUGGCUGGAAAGGGAGCAGCGCCAGAAGGAGUCCAGUAAAGUGGCCGUUAAUAGUUUCCCCAAAGACCGAGACUACAGAAGAGAAGCAAUGCAAGCCUCAGCUACGGUGGAUGAGAAACAUUCCAAUGACGCCAGCAGCAUGCUUCCACAGAACAUUUUGUCUCAGACAAGCCGGCACAAUGACAGAGACUACAGACUCCCCAGAACAGAGACUCACAGCAGUGCAGCCCCAGUGCAGCACUCUAUUAAGCCUGUGGUUCACCCGACUGCUACCGCAAGCAGCGUUCCUUCUAGUACUUUUACAGUACAGCCUGAGCACCCUCCUCCAAAGAAGUCAUUCGAUGCAAAUGGAGCAGCAGCAUUAUCAAAACUGCCUAUCUCCACAUCUUCCAUCCCAGCACAGAAAUCUGACAGAAAAGACUCUGUAUCUGAAAAACCAUCCUGUACCACCCCUUCCACAUCAUCUGCUUCUGGACUAAACCUUUCUGCUGCUCCUCCUUCUUCCUCUUCUACAGUCCCUGUGUCACCAGUGCCACAAUCACCAAUUCCUCCAAUACUGCAGGACCCCACCCUCCUGCGACAGCUGCUCCCUGCCUUGCAAGCCACUCUGCAGAUUAAUAAUUCUAACGUGGAUAUAUCCAAAAUUAAUGAAGUCCUUACAGCUGCUGUGACACAAGCCUCUUUACAGUCAAUACUUCACAAGAUCAUCACCGCUGGGCCCUCUUUCAACAUCACAUCUCUAAUCUCCCAGGUUGCACAGCUAUCGGCACAAGCGACACAAUCGAAUCAGUCACCUAUGUCUUUGACGUCUGAUGCCUCAUCGCCAAGGUCAUAUGUGUCCCCCCGAAUCAGCACACCGCAGACUAAUACUGUUCCCCAUAAACCUUUGCUAAACACCACGCCUGUAUCUUCACAGUCAAAGGCCAGUUCUGCAGUUGGUGCUAAACAAGGGUCAUCAACACAGACAGUAUCACAGCAGUCAGCGACUGCAGAGAAAUCCCAAGGACACGAACCCGCCUCCCCCCGAAACCUUCAGCGUCAAAGUAGUCAGAGAAGCCCAUCUCCUGGUCCCAAUCAUACCUCCAGCACUUGUGCAUCAAGCACGUCGUCUGUACCACAGAACUCCUCUUCACGAUCAUCUUCAUCCUCACUGACGCCAACUCUAGCUGCCUACUUCAAUGAAAACCUUAUAAAGCAUGUGCAAGGCUGGCCUGCUGAGCACGCCGAAAAGCAGGCAUCAAGGUUACGUGAAGAAGCCCACAACAUGGGGAGCAUUCACAUGUCUGAAAUUUGUACAGAGUUGAAAAAUUUAAGGUCUUUAGUUCGAGUAUGUGAAAUUCAAGCCACUUUGCGUGAGCAAAGGAUACUGUUUUUGAGACAACAAAUUAAAGAACUUGAAAAACUUAAAAACCAGAAUUCCUUCAUGGUGUGAAGAUUAUUUUUGUCUUGCACGUGGACUUUGGACAGUAAAGCAGAGGGAGCCCGACCUUGACCCUUUUUUUUUUUUUUUUGAGCUGCAUAAGAGUAGACUUUGGACCGUUGGGUCGGGCUUGUGGACAAUUCAGGGGAGAGAAGCGAGCCUGGAGGGGGAGUCAAGGGGGACAAAUACAAGGAUUUGUAAAACCCUCGAAAUGUAGAUUAUACUUGUAGAUGUAUCCUUCACGUUGUAAAUAUGUUUUGUAGAUUGAAGCCAUGGGACGCCCAUGUUGUAUCAGAGCUUUGACAUCCAAAACUAAUCAAUGCUGAGGUGGU